AUGCUGCAUACUAUCACUAUUGAUCAUGUUAAAGAAGCUCUCGAUCAAUUCAAUCGAGGUCAAAAGUAUUUGUAUAAUACUAUAACAGCAACUAUUAAAGAAAAUCAAACGAAUGAGCAUUGGUUAAUUCAAUUGUUAAAUGAGUUACGUGAUAAUGUUGAUUUAUUUGAAAAUAUGAAUGAUCAAUUUCUUGAUUUUCUCCAGUUACAAAUUAAUUGGGCAAAACAAACAAAAGUAGUACUUGAUACAUUUGGUACUUUUCAAAUUACUCUUAUUUCAUCGAAUACAAAGCAUGCACAACGUUAUCUCGGUUUUCUCUUCACACUUUUUGCUAUACCAGAAAAUUCAACCAAUCCUCCUCUAAUACACGAUUUUGCGCAUGAAACAUUACAACAACUCGUUCUUAUCGUACCACUAUCGUUAACUCUUCUGUGUCCAACAGCCGAACAACAUUUUCCAUUUAUGACAAAAGAUGCGAAUAUACAAGUAGUCUAUAUUAGAAAUUUACUUCGAUCAUUAUCAUAUUUAUCAAUACAAAGAUCACGUUAUCUUGAAAUAAUUGUUUCGAAAUUAAUUCGUAUAGAUGUUCAUGCAUCACGAAAAGAUAUUCUUCAUGCUGAAAAAGUUAAUAUUGAAGAUGAACUUGUAUUUUCACUUGAACAACUUCAUACAAACGACAAUAAUGAAAUGAAGCAUGAUCAAGCCGAUAAACUCGAUUGUCUUAUGUAUGUUUUGUUUGAAUAUAUAACAAAUGUAGCUGUUCAAAAUGGAAUAGUUAAUUAUCUAGAAGCAAAAUCAUUAUUUCGAGAUUUAUUAAAUGUUUUUAAUAAAAUUCUUUUGCCAACACAUGAUUCAUCUCAUGUUCAAUAUCUUCUAUUUCACAUUUGUAGUUUUCAUACGGAUUUCAGCGAUGAAUUCAUGAAUAAUUGUUGGCGAACAUUCACAUCACCAUCAGUAUCGAUGACAUUUCGACAAUCAGCUGUUUGUUAUCUGUGUAGUUUAAUUGCUCGAGCUAAAUACAUUUCGACAAGAUCUGUAUUAACUAUAACACAAUUAAUGGUUGAUUGGCUACAUAGUUAUGUUAGUACAACGGAGACAAAUAGUAGCAAUCCAAAUCGUCAUUUACCAUUUUAUGCUAUUUGUCAAGCAAUUCUCUACAUAUUUAUCUAUCGACAUCAUGAAAUAGCUCGACUACCUGAUGGCAUAGAAACUGUUUCACAAUGGCGACUUAGUCGUAUAAUUGCAUCGGAAUUGAAUCCUCUUAAAUAUUGCCUAGCUGCGAUCACUCUUCGGUUUGCACAAUUAGCCAGAAAUUAUCAAAUUGUUUUUUGCUAUUCAAUUAUUGAAACAAAUAAUCGUUAUUCUUUACCAGAAUUAUUUGCAACUAAUAGUUAUUCUAACGAUAAUUCAGCAAUGAUACCGUCAGAUAUUCUCUAUUCUUAUUUUCCAUUUGAUCCAUAUGUAUUAAAACGUUCAUCUAUAUUUAUUCGGCCAAUAUACAAUGAUUAUCGAGAAGAAAAUGAUGAUAUAGCUACAACUAACGAAUCAACAGGAGACACAAAUGGUCACGAUCUUGACGAUGGCGAUGAUAUGUUAACAUCAAUGAUGAUGAGUACAACUCCGGGUAGCUUUGAUCCAAUAGAACAAAUGUCAUCAUUAUCAGCGUCGUUUAAAAAUACUCGUAAUCCUCCUUCAAUACUACCGUUUGGUCGAUCGCCAGGUUUUCGAAAUAUAUGA